UUUUGAAAUGUUACGUACUCGUAUUUAUUUUUACAAGUACAAAAAAAAUUCGUACCUGCCGAGAUUCGAACCGUCAGCCUUAUGAUUAAAUGCCAGCGCCGCUGAGCGGUCAGCCACGAGGCCCUAUGUGUUAAUAAAAAUAUUCAGAUGAUGUAUAUGAUCGUGCCGCCGGCCCCGGAACGAGCGUGAGCGGUGCGGCAUUUGCAGCCAGUUGCAGGAAGGUAGCAUUGCUGCCGCUAGACUCUUCUCUUUCCGUUCCAAGGUUAAUAAUUUUAAUCAGCCAAUAGGACGCAAGACUAGCUAGCCAACCAAGUAGUUAGAAGGUUACUACGGAAUUUUGUUUACAAAUGGUGGCAUGCGGUCUUGAGUUUGUAUUUGUUAAAAUGGAGAAUUUGACCAUACGAAGGUAUGUCAGUCUACUUGAGAGUGAAAAUAAAAGUGAGAGACGCAGAGCUCUUGAAAGUUUACGAAAUGAAAUCGACACAGUCAGUUUUGCAGAAAAUGAAUUUCAGUUUCUCUUCAAGAAAAUUCUGAGGAUGUUGAGUGACUCUUCGGAAGCAUGUAGAGAGUUGUCGGUGAAUAUUCUUGAAAAUUUAAUGAACCGUGCCUCAGGAACUGACUGUUGGCUUCCGUUUCUCAUUCCCGUGUUAGUCCAACGAAUUGGCAACCAAGAAAUAGUAGAAGUAUCGGAAGAAGUGAGGUUGUUGUUAGUGGUUUUAUUUCGUGGUGUGAUUUCCAAAGUUGGUUCUGGGAUGUCGCAAUACUUGGACGAGUCUGUGCAAAUUCUGCGUUAUACUUUAGUUGAUCCAUACCCAAAAAUCAAGCAAGAAAGUUGUGUCUGUGCAUCAGAAUUGGCUAGGAACACUCCUCACUUUCACAUGCAGUCAGAAAGCCUUGUUAAACCGCUGUUGCUCAAUUUUAUACAUCAGCAUUCUAGAAUAAGACUGUCUAGUAUCCAGUCAAUUGGAGACGUGGUCCGCUACGGCGACGGCAAGUCCCUGGAAGUGGUGGUGGGCUCGCUGGGGGAGCGUCUGCUGGACCGAGUGGUGGCCGUGCGUCUGGCCGUGGCGCGGGUGGUCGGCGACUGGCUGCUGCACCUCAGGGAUCGCUACUCGCACUUCCACCGCCUGCUGCCACUGCUGCUGUCCUGCACGUGUGACGAGAUGGACGAGGUGCGGGCUGAAGCGUUGGAGCUCUGGGACGCGGCGGGGCGACAGUUCCUGAAGGAGAACGAGGAGGAGCUCAAGGACAGGAUGGACUUCCUCGAGGACACGCCACAGCACUAUCCCCCGGACGUGCGCCGGCCGAACCUGGGCUGCCGCGUGCUGGCACAGCGCAACGCCAGCAAGGUGUUGCCCGCGCUGGAGCGGGAGCUGGGGGACUGGAUCCCGGACGCUCGGCUGAAGGCGUCCCAGCUGCUGGGGGUGUUGCUGCUGAACGCAGAGUCCCACAUGACCCAGCACCUGGAGAAGAUACUGGGCGUGCUGUGCCGCGCCUGCGCCGACACCGACCCGGCCGUCGGGAGGAACGCGGAGAAGGCGGCGGAGCUGGUGGGCUACUUCGUGGUCCCGGGCGUGUACUGCCGGCUGCUGCUGCCCGCCCUGGAAGCAGACCCGGGCCCCGGGCACCUCCGGGCGCUGGCCGGCGUCCUGAGGGGCAGCGAGCGGGCCGGGCUGGCGGAGCAGCUCCCGCUGCUGGCAGACCUGCUCCAGGGGCGCCACCUUCGCUGCAGCAGGGAUGCUGCGUUACAGCUGCAGCUGCUGGGCUGCUGCGCUGCGCUGAUGCUCGUGUGCCGCGAGGACUGCCGCGCCGUGUCGCAGCAGCUGUUCGCCGUGCUGCUGUCCGUGCUGGCCCUCGGCGCAGACGGCUCCGUCGCUCGGCGCGCUACAGAUCUGAUGGAAGAGCUCCGGACGCUGGAAGGUGUGGCGUCGAUGGCCGAUUUGUACGCCCGUCACAUCUCGCCGGUGCUGCGAGACUUGGAGGCGGACGAUGCUCCCUGGACCGCUCACUCUCCGAAGAGAUUCAUCUUCCAGGCGGUGGUCCAGCACUCUGGAGAGGCAAUAUGCUCCAGCCUGGAAGCUGUGGGCAGGAUAAUGGUGAGGCUGGCGAAGCCCGACGCCGACCCAGAAGUGAAAGUGAAGAUGUUCACUGUCGUUUCUGCGCUGUUCCUUGAGAGACACAGCAGUCUGGAGGGCUGCAGUGGUCUCGAGGACUUCGUGAAGGUUGUUAUUGAAGACGUGGUGGCCGGGAACCUGGUGUGGCGGGCGGGACGCACGGCGGAGGCGGUUCGGGCGGCGGCCGUGACCUUGUUGUGGGCCGUGCUGCGCGGUUCUGCGCCGGUGCCCCGGCCCCUGGUCGCCUCCUGCCUGCCCCUGCUGCUGUCCCUGGUGGAGGACUCGUUGCCCCGGACACGGCUCACCGCGCUGAGGGCCCUCGCCCGGCUGGCGCGGGCCGCCUUCACUGCCGACACCAUCCACAAGGUGCUGCCAGCGGCCUCCCAGCGGCUGGACGACGUGAGCGAUGACGUCCGCUCGGCCGCGGUGAGCCUGAUCGUGUCGCUGUGCGACCCCCUGCCCGCAGACUUUGAUGUCCUGUGCUCGUCCGCCGUGGUCGAUGCCCUCUACUCGACCAUGUUGUUGCACCUGGACGACCCUGCUCCCAGCUUCCAGGCCAUCAUGCUCGAUGCCCUGAAGAAGCUGGCGCAUGUGAACCCCAGACUGCUGCACGAGAAGGUGCACGCCAGCUUGUCGGUGAGCCGCAACACGCAGGGCAACGAGAUCCUGCUGGCCCACGUGGAGGCUCUGCUUGCCUCCACAUCGAGUUAACAGCAGCUACCUACUGUCUGUUCACCUUUACAGCACAUGGCAUGUGUAAUGUUCGGGCACCAUUCACCAUUUAUCUGCUGGACUUUUGUGUUUAAGAUUAUGUUAUCUUUAGUAAUAAAAAAAACCAACAUAGCUGCUGACAUUGUAAACAUUGGAUGAAACAUGUCUUCAAUUGUUUUAAUGUGAAGCAAGAAUGUAUGUAUUACCAAGAUAAUAUUAGUGUUGAUGACAAAAUACCUAGUUUAUUAUAAAUUUAUAGAAUUGUACAUAUCAGGGUGACAAAAGAGAGAACUCAGUGUAAAUUGAUAAGAAAUAAAAAGCUUUAUCACUCAA